AUGGGCCUCAAGUCCGCCAUCAUGGCGCACAAGCCAGCAAGGGUCUACGAAGUGGCGUUCUGGGAUCCUCCCCGGAAUGGAAAGGGCAUCGCUCGGACAGGGACUUGGGCGAGCUGCCCCAGCUUCAUCGAUGCGAGAUACCCCUUCACCACCCUUUUGCACCAGGGCCUCAUUGAGCGCGUCUUCAUCGCCGACCUGGAGAAGAACAACUCGCAGGUGCAGCGGCCCUGGACGAUCAAGGGGUUCAGCGUCGACGAGAAGACCAACCCCGAGUAUCCUGUGGAGGUCGAGCUCGAGCACGUGGACGGUACGAUGCGUGAGAGUGUGCGGGCCAAGUACUUGUUUGGAGGUGAAGGUGCAAGGUCCUUUGUGCGGGAUCAGUUGAAGAUAGGAAUCACACACAAGGAUCCAAUAGCCCACGUAUGGGGUGUCAUGGAUGGCGUUGUGAAGACCGAUUUCCCUGACAUCAAGAUGAAAUGCACAAUACACUCCGAGCACGGUUCAAUUAUGGUCAUCCCACGCGAGGCCAACAUGGUGCGACUGUACAUCCAAAUUGCGUCCUCGACGGAUCCAGAUUGGAACCCGCGCAAGACGGCGACUGCUGCAGAGGUCCAGGAAUCAGCCAAGAAGAUCUUGCAACCGUACUCAAUAGAAUGGGAGACUGUUGAGUGGUACUCGGUAUAUCCUAUCGGUCAGGGUAUUUCUGAUCGGUACACCCUGGACCACCGCGUCUUCCUCGGCGGAGACGCCUGCCACACGCACAGCCCCAAAGCAGGCCAGGGGAUGAACACGGCCUUCCUCGACGCCCAGAACCUCGCCUGGAAGAUCCACGCGGUCGAGGGUGGGUUCGCGGACCGGGGUAUUCUCAAGACGUACGAGCCAGAGCGCAAGGAGGUUGCAGAGACACUGCUGUCAUUUGACAACCGGUACGCAAAGCUGUUCUCGGCGCGGCCGCCGCCCGCAAGCACGGUGGAGGCCGCCUCCGGGACGGGCAGCAGCAAUUCUUUUGAGGAGAGCGAGUUUGUGAAGACGUUCAAGGAGUCCUGCGAGUUCACCAGUGGGUACGGAGUUGCGUACGGGCCCAACGCGCUCAACUGGUCAUCCGAGCACCCAGUGCAGUCGCCGUUGGUCCACCCCAGGGGCACCAAGCUGAGGACAGGGCGGCUUCUGAUCAACGCCGAUGUGACCCGUGUCGUCGAUGCCAAUGUGGUGCACCUCGAACAAGAGAUCCCGCUGAACGGCUCCUUCCGACUUUUUGUCUUUGCCGGUAAGCCCUCUGUCACGACUAGGGCUCUGGAGGAUUUUGCAAGCAAUCUCAGCCGCCGGGGCUCUUUCUACACGGCGUACCAGCGACCCGACAUGCAGAGCGUGUCGCAUCACGAGCAAGACAACCCCCACAGCUUGUUCUUCACCAUCUGUACCGUGUUUGCCGGCGCUCGCAGCAGCAUCGAGAUCAGUCGCGACACCCCCGAGCUGUUGGGACGCUAUCGGGACCAUGUGUACGCGGAUGACCGGUGGGACCGACGCGUGCCGGAGGCGAAGGCGGCUGCGCAUGCCAAGAUGGGGCUGGACGAGGAAAGGGGCGGCGUCGUGGUGGUCCGGCCUGACGGAUACGUUGGCAUCGUGGUGUCGCUCGUGGAGGGCAGUGGGACCGUGGAUGCCCUGAACCACUAUUUUGGAACUUUCUGCACGAGACCGCUGGGGGCUGCGGUGUCUCAGCUGUAA